AUGGCACUGAUGCAUGCUGGUCUCUUAUUAUUGCUGUUUUGCUCUGCCCAUAGUAACCAGUUUAGGGGUGCACCUGGUCAUGGCCUGUUUGUGGAAGAUCCUGAAUUAGAGUGGGAAAGAAUGGAGACAGUAAUAGGGGAAGCUAAUACAGAAGCUCCAGAACCUGAUGCCAAAUUCUGGAGGAGCUCAUCUAGCUAUGGGUCUUCACAAACUGCCGCUAAGAAGGUUCCUGAGUAUGUGAUUGUUCCAGCCUCAAAGAUCCAGAAAGAGGCCUUCAAGCCAGAAAAGGGUGCUCGACCCCUCCCUAACUCAGUCAAGGAACUCUUACUUAGCAGUACAGCUACUGCCAAGGCAUCUGGAAAAGCAGCCAGACCAAAGAUGAUUGAAAUCCUGUGCCACGUUGACAGAAUGUAUGUAAGGAUCAGAAGAGAGAUUUUCAAGACCAAGGAUGCAUACAAGGAUUUGAAACUAGGUAGCUGUCCUGUUAACCAAGGUACCAAAGUACAUUACUUCUUUCUGUACCUUCUGAGUAGUGAUUGUGGAUUCAAAAAAGAGGUUGGUAAAAGUUUCUUGUUACUUUCUUAAUCAAAAACUAAGUCAUGACUAUGAAAACCCACUUGCUUAUUAAUUUUUUUUUUCUUCUUAGAGUAACACGGAUGAUGUAUCAAUUCGCAAUGUGCUCCACUACAAGCCAUCAACUCCAGUCAUCAGGGAGAUGCCAUUUGACAUUCCACUGCAGUGUAAAUUUCCAAGGUAAGAUUUAUUUGCUAAAUUGCAAAGACAAGCCUAGCAGUAUUUUGAAUCAUGUGACGUCUGUAACGUAAUAAAUGGGAGCGUUCACUCUUUUGAUAUUAUUAUAAUGCCAGCUCUCACCUGACCACUGCAGGUUUUUCCACUCCUAUAAAGUUGGCUUCUACCCCAAACUAAGGGGAGGCACAGUUUUCAAAGCUCUCCAACCAAAGAGCGAUUACACCCUCACUCCUCAAGAUGGUAUGUGCCUUUCACAUGAGCAAAUCUCCUGAUCAGUAUAAUCAUUCAGAGAUGAAUAGAUGUUUUUUGUUUGAUGCCUCUCUAAAUCUUUUUUUUUUAAAUGCAAAUUAUUGAAUAAAUACAGGACCAUAAGGUUUUGCGUUUCUUUAGAUCAUGACAGUAAAUGUUCCUUAAUUGGAAAGCUGACAAAGUAGAUAUAAAUACCUCGGAAUUGUGCUUCAAAUUUUCCGUAACCUUGAAAUUGUGUGACAUGGUGGAAAAUGUUAGUCAGCGGGUUAAUUGGUUUAUCUUUGUUCAAAGUGCUGUUCUACAUUGGAGGGAAAUUAAGGACAUUUAACUUUUUUGGGGAGGGAUAACAGACUUGGGUCUGAUUACAACUUGAAGCCAAAUGUGCAACUGUUGCUGACUUCAACUUUUUUUUUUUUUUUUUUUUUUAAAUAGACAAAAUUUAAUCUUGCCAAAACCAUUUUAUAUACACAAUAAUCAGGCACAGAACAAUGACAUCUGAAUUCAACAUUUAUUUGAGCAAGACAGAAACUUAAGCACAAUUUUUCACACAUAAUUUAUGGACAUGUACAAGAGCUUAACCUGCAUCAAACUGUGGCUUGAUCAACUGAUCUCUCAUUCUUGCAGCAUCAGGAAAUGAAAUCACUGGCGCUAAAACCUACACCUUGGGCCAGCCAAUGUACUUUGAGGCCAAGAAACCAAGUGGCAGAGAAAAAUCUGGAGAUCAGAGGAUAUAUGUCAAGAAGUGCUUCAUGACAGCUGCCAAAGACCCCAACUCUUCCCCUAAAUAUACAGUCAUUGACAACCAAGGGUAAGAAAUUUUUGUUUCAGGAUAUAGUUAUGUCACUUUAUUAUGAAACGUUAACUAAUUUUUUUUCUCUGUAAAUGCAGCUGUAUGAUUGACAGCAAGCUUACAGACCAAUCAAAGUUCCUCACUGGUAACUCUAAGACCAUGCAGAAAUUCAGUAUAGGAGCCCUGGUUUUCAAGGACUCCGUUUCCUCCUCCUCGUCAUCACAGGUAUUUGCAAAAAUGGCACAUAGAUUUAUUCAAUCAAAUUCAAAGGUUUUAAACACUUAAAACUGUCUUUCAGCAACUCUACAUGCACUGUGAGAUCUCUAUGGGAAAACUUACUCCAACCACGAGUUCAAAGGCUUGCAGUUAUGACGCAACAUCUAAAAAGUGAGUUAUCUUUUUAAAUGAGGUUAAAUAAGAACAAGGACAUUUUGCUUUUAAAGCAAAAACUGCUUUAUUGGUUUGCAAAAAGCUGACAAACUUUAGAAGAGUUAAAAGUGAAGCUAUUGGGCAUAUUGAUGUGUUCCAGUUUGGAUAUCAAUCAUGAUGAAACCUGUCAUUGCUUUAGGUGGAAGGAGCUAUAUGGUGAAGACUCCAUAUGCACCUGCUGUGAAUCCACUUGCUCUGCAACAUCCCCUAAAGGCAAGUUUGCACAUUAUGGACUUUGGUUUAAGUUGGAAAAAAUGAAGCAUGUAAAGGCAUAAAACGACAAACUACUUAAGCUAAGAUUUUUGAUUUCUCAACAGCUUCAAGGAAUCUUGUUUCCAGUCACUCUUGGAAGGUUGACCUGAGCAGUAAGGACAAAGACAUAGAAUUUGAACCACUUAUGAAAAUGGCUGACUCGUUCGACCUGGAGGAUCCUGAGAUGGAAGAGCAUAAGGACUUCCUCAACUACUGGGAUAAUGAUUAUUAG